AUGUCGUACCGUGAGAACGGUACAAAGGAAAAGCAAAUACGGAUGAUCGCGGAGCUACAGAAGCAGAUAAUGAACGUGAGUAGGCUGGCACCCGGCGGGCAGGCUGGCUUCCCCUGGCCUGUCGGGGUGCGCGAGCCAUCAAGUCCAAAGACGCGCUUUGACGUGAUUCGCUACGACUACUUCACGGAGACGCACGUCUACCUCGGCACCGACCACAGCAACAUUGCUGAGCUGAGAGGAGCCGACAAGGAAGAUGUCGACGACAUCAUCCGCGUCGCGAAAGAGAAGCUGCUGCAGAAAUACGGUAAGAAAUACGUGUUCGGGAGGCUGGUAAAUGGCUACCGUCGAUUUGACGCGACACGAGGCAUGGAGUACCUGCUGGACGUGGCGCUGCGUGAGCGCGACGGUGACUAUGAGCUGCACCGACGCGUGCGACUUGUGCGUCCGCUCAGCCACGUCGAGAUUGUGCCGAUGCCCUACGUCACCGAGAACACGCGUGUUGCCGUCGUGCUGGCGGCGCGGCGCAGCGAUCGUCCGCGCCUCGCCGCGUUCCUGCGUCACUACGAGCGCACGGCGCUCGCCGCCGGUGACAAUUCUGUGCUGAUGGCCGUGUUCGUGUAUGAGCACGCCGGCGACGCGACGGCUGGCGACGAUGACGCGUUCGCCGAAGUGAAGGCGCUCGUCGCGGCAAUGGAGCGCAAGUACAAGGACGGCGCGAAGAUCGCGUGGAUGAACGUGCGCGCGCGCGAGCCGAGUGAGUUUCACCUGCUAGACGUCGUCUCGAAGAAGUUCCAGCCAGAGGCGCUGCUACUGCGCACGACGGCGGAUAUUGAGCUCAACCCUGAGCUGCUCAACCGCUGCCGCAUGAAUGCCAUCCUCCGCUGGCAGGUAUUCUUCCCGAUGGGUUUCUACGAGUACAAACCGAGCGUCGUCUACGGCACAGAUGUGGCGCCCCCUGAGACACUCGACAUCAAUCGCGUGCACGGCCACUUUGACCGUGACGCGUAUGAGCACGCAUGCUUCUACAACGGCGACUACGCUGAGACCCGCAAGAUCAUCGCCGACGCCAUUCCUAUCGUGACCGACGUCAAGAAGGUGCCGGACGGCGUCGCGCGAGCCGCCGCUGCCACGCCAACCCCGGACCUCUAUGAGCUGUUCCUGCGCUCGCGGCUGCAUGUAUUCCGCGCCGUCGAGCCUGCACUGCGCUCACGCUACCGUGCCGUCGUCUGCGAUGCGCAUGCACAGGAGGAGGCAGCAUACCGGCGGUGCCUCGCGCGCCGCGGCGAGGCUCUAGGCUCACGGUCGCAGCUCGCAAAGCUAAUCCUUGAUGCUCAGGCAGAUGAGAAGGGACAGGAGGACCAGGUAUGAUACGUAGGGGAGGAGCAGAGGGAUUGAGGACAUGAGAGACUAGGACUAGAUGAGGCGCAUAGAGGAGGAGCAUAGGGUGGAGGAGAAAGAAGAGGAUGCUAGGUUGGAGGUGUAGAGGAAAAGAGAAGAUAUGAAAACACAUAGGGGAGGAGCGGGUUGAGAAGAUGGAAGAGGAGAACUAGAUAGGGCACGUAGGGGAGGAGCGAAGCGAAGGGUGGAGGACAAGGGAGAGGGAGACUAGAUAAGACGCAUAAAGCAAGAGUUGAGGCUGGAGAUGUGGUCAUGAGAUGUCAUGGGUUGGAGAUUACUUGAGGACUACAGAUAGAUAAACAAGGCAGGUUAGUGCAUGUGGUUGCAUAACAGCCAGAGAGUAAAACAGAACUUGAAAGGCAGAAUGAGAGAUAGGGAGAGAGAAGUGGGAGCGGGGAGAGAAAGAGAGAGAGAGAGAGUGAGAAUGAGAGAGAGAGAGAAUGAGAGAGAGAGAGAGAGGCAGGCAUAUAUUGACUCUAGAAAUUAAAUCUCUCAAGUGAGAAAAAUUGAGAUCAAGGGGAGGGAGAGGAAGAGGUAGAUAGAGAGAGAGCGAGAGAGAGAGGGGUGGGACAGCUAUUGCCUUUAUAUAGGACUUAAGUCUUCUAAGUGAGAAAAGGUCAUUGCCAGAAAGUUAUUCACUUGGUUAAAAAAUGAUCCACAUACAACAAUCCACACUAACCUGAUGUUCAAAGCUUAUUUACGAGUUUCGAAGUUGUGGCCAUUCAUGAAAACGGCCCCUCGUUUGCAUAAUAGCUCCAUGGACCGUAAACGUAUUUAAUAGUCCAUGUACAUGUUAUUUAUAGCUGAAAUGUCACAGAUUGUAAUGCCAUACCACAUAGUGCCAAACACCCCUUACCUUGAUGAAGUUAUAUACAAACGAUUGAAAGUUUAUAAAUUGCCGGAACUAUUUUUAUCUCACGUGCUUAAGGUUGAUUGUUCUCAAACUAAAGAGAUGCGCUUUUUUUAUAAACAUCUAUGAGAGCAUGCUAGAAUAUUAAAAUGAGAACUAAUGUAUCAUAGUAGGUGGCCUGCUCAUGUCGUACUAAAUCUACUUAUCAGUGUUAUAAAUUGGUGUGGAAUUGUCGGCUUUUGCGACCUAUUUAUUAUGUAAUCAAGUCUCCGUCGAAUGAGGUGAACAAUCACGAGAACUUGACAUUGAUCAUGUUGAUUCACUGCUUUGAUUGUUAUAUAAUUCUAUACGGUCAUGAUAAUAUAUAUUUAUAGAUAUAAAAUGCAAACGAUUUGGAAUGAUGCAACUUAUUACUGUGAUGUUUCUAUUGUGUGUGUGUAUGUUUCUAAUGUACUGGUUUGGUCCACAGCAUACUGCAGUUGUACCAUGCAUAUAUCUACGCAAUAUUGUAGCAAUUCAUUCGUGAUUGAACCCAUAGUGUCUUAAAUGAGGAGCAUUUCAUACUGUUAAAGGUAACGUAUAUUGACCGUAGGGGAUUGUUUAUUUGUUGAAAUUCCCACUUUGAAAUAUGCUACACAGUUUACAAGAUUACCAAUGAAUUAUUUGUAAAUUGUCAAGUCUAUGUAAAUGGCCUAUUUUUGUGUAUUCUACAAUUUUUAGCAAUAGAUUUUAGAAGAAAGCAUUGCUCAUGAUUUUUUUACGUGUGAAGUUUACGUGCGAGUAUGAUGUGAAAUCUCAAGUUACUAGUUACUUUUUACUAUCUUAAAGUUUACUGUUGUAUCUGUUAUUGGUAUACACUGUGAAAAUGAAAUUACUAUAAAUAAUAAACUACACUAUUUAAAUAAAACAUAACGCAAC